GCCCCGGGACCGCCCCGGGACCGCGGAUCGUUUCCGGGUGCGCGGCGGGGCCGCGGCCGCUGCUCCUGGGGCCGUGUCCGCCUGUCCCCCGCUGUCCCCGGCUGUCCCCCGCUGUCCCCCCGGCCCGGGCCGCGGCGAUGGAUUUCUCGCGGUUCCUGUCGGACGAGUUCGAGGUGAAGGGCUGGGUGAACGCGGCGUUCCGCGCCGUGCAGCAGGAGGCCCCGGGCAAGGUGGACGCCCACGCCGCCACCCUAGUGAUGAAGCUGCAGCUCUUCAUCCAGGAGGUGAACAACGCCGUGGAAGAAACAAGCCAUCAGGCUCUCCAGAACAUGCCCAGAGUCCUCCGGGAGUUGGAAGUCUUGAAACAGGAGGCAACAUUUCUGAAGGAGCAGAUGAUCCUUGUUAAAGAAGAUAUAAAGAAGUUUGAAGAAGACACAGCUCAGUCGAUGCAGGUCUUGGUAGAGAUUGACCAAGUGAAGUCUAGAAUGCAGUUGGCUGCCGAGUCACUUCAGGAAGCAGACAAAUGGAGCACGUUAAGUGCAGACAUUGAAGAGACUCUUAAAACACAGGAUGUGUCCCUGAUUUCAGCCAAGCUGACGAGCAUGCAGAGCAGCCUGGCCAUGCUGGUGGACACGCCGGAUUACUCCGAGAAGUGUGUGCACCUGGAGGCGCUGAAGAACCGCCUGGAGGCCAUGGCCAGCCCUCAGAUUGUUGCAGCUUUCAACUCCCAGUCUGUAGAUCAGGCAAAAACGUUUGUUAAAGUUUUCACAGAAAUCGAUCGGAUGCCGCAGCUUCUGGCUUAUUAUUAUAAAUGUCACAAGGUGCAGCUGGUGGCCGCGUGGCAGGAGCUUUGCCAGAGUGACCUAAGCUUGAAUCGGCAGCUGACUGAGCUGUACGACACCCUGCUGGGGACCUGGCACUGCCAGCUCCAGUGGGCAGCACAGGUUUUCAAGAAUCCCCAUGAAAUUGUGACUGUGCUGUUGAUCCAAACUCUGGGAGCACUGGUGCCUUCCAUCCCUGUGUGCCUCAGCACUGCCAUGGAGAGGACAGGCCAGGACACCAAGCUGAGCCAGCUGCUGGAGCUGCACGAGGCCACUGUCCACUUCGCCAAGGGGCUGGAGGUAGCAAUGCUGCCAAACCUGAAGGAGCAGAACCUGGUGAAAGUGAUGGAGCUGGUGGAAGCAGUGUAUGGUCCAUACAAGCCCUACCAACUUGAGUAUGGAGAUUUGGAAGAAGAGAAUCUCCUCAUCCAGAUCAGUGCAGUGCCCUUGGAGCAUUGGGAAGUGAUUGACUGUGUCCAGGAGCUGAACCACUCAGUCAGCAAACUCUUCAUUCUGGCCUCUGGAGCCAUCGACAACUGCAUCAAGCUCACGGAUGGCCUGGGAGUGUGUGGGCUCCUGAAGGCCCUCAAGGCCCUCUUUGCAAAGUAUACGUCUGACUUCACAAACACACUGCAGUCUAUACGAAAGAAAUGUAAACUGGAUGAUGUCCUAUCAGAUUCCCUGUUCCAGGAGGACUGGACUGCAUUCCAAAACUCUGUCCGGGUAAUUACCACUUGUGGUGAACUCCUUCAUCAGUGUGGAGACUUUGAGCAGCAGCUGGCCAACAGGAUUUUAUCAACUGCUGGGAAGUAUCUCUCAGACUCCUACAGCCCUUGUAGUUUUUCUGGCUUUCAGGACACCAGUUCUGCAGAAAAGAAGAGCUCUGUAAAGAAUCCCUGGCAGGAAUACAAUUAUCUGUUGAAGGAGAAUCCAUCUGAGUAUGCCAGUCUUAUGGAAACGCUUUACACUCUGAAGGAGAAAGGUACCAGCAACCACAACCUGCUGUCAUCGUCACGAGCCGCCCUGAGCCGCCUCAACCAGCUGGCACAUCACCUGGCCUUUGACUCCGUGUUCCUCCGGAUCAAACAGCAGCUGCUGCUGGUGCCCAAGAUGGAGGGCUGGAGUUCUGGUGGCAUUGGUGAGACUCUGACAGAGGACCUGCCAAACUUCAGCCUGACCCCUUUGGAAUAUAUCAGCAAUAUUGGGCAAUACAUUAUGUCUCUUCCUCUGCACCUUGAGCCAUUUGUCACUCAAGAGGAUUCUGCUUUGGAACUGGCAUUACAUGCUGGAAAACUGCCGUACCCCCCAGAGCAAGGAGACGAGCUGCCCGAGCUGGAUAACAUGGCUGAUUACUGGCUGGGCUCCAUCGCCAGAGCCACCAUGCAGACGUACUGCGAGGUGAUCCUGCAGAUCCCGCAGCUCACACCGCACUCCACCAAGCAGCUGGGCACGGACAUCGAUUACCUCAUAAACGUGAUGGAUGCCCUGGGGCUGCAGCCCUCGAGGACGCUGCAGCACAUGGUGACCCUGCUGAAGGCCAGGCCAGAGGAGUUCCGCCAGGCUGCCAAGAGCCUGCCCCGCCGCCUGGCCAGCACCAUUGCUGCCAUCAGGGGCCUGGAGGGGUAGCUGUGCCCUCCCUCCUACCAGCCCGAGGGCUCACCUCUUCAGGUUGGUUUUCAUUUCUGAAAGGACAGUGAAAAUACCGCUGGAGACCAGGGGAAUUUAUUUGAGACAACUUUUAAUAAAUGUCUUUGUCUACGAAAA